AUGUGUUCUACAAGGUUUCCAAAGUUAACGCCUCAAACGCGCCUCGAACCUCGAAAUCGCCAUAAAAUUGUACAAUAUAGUGACAUAUUAGGAAUGGGGCUUUCUUCAGUUUUACUAUUUCUACAUGCUGUUGUCACCGUUUUGUGUCUACCUCCUCCGCGACUUCUUGCCGACAAUGAUAUUACAGUAGUCUCUCGAGAUGAGUGGGGAGCAUCACCACCUAGCAGCCGGUCCAUUCUUAACACUCCAGUCUCACUAGUGGUAAUCCAUCACACUUACAUACCGAGCGCAUGUAAUAAUAGGCGAGAUUGUAGUGGGGCCAUGCGAUCGAUGCAGUACACCCACCAGAUUACCAACGGCUGGACUGACAUCGGUUAUAAUUUUGCUGUAGGAGGUGAUGGGGAUGUUUACGAAGGACGUGGAUGGGACUGCGUUGGUGCGCACGCUGUGGGCGUCAAUUCGAAAAGUAUAGGCAUCGUACUUAUCGGUGAUUGGGUUUCUGUUGUACCACCGGUAAACCAACUUGAGACUACGAAGAAGCUUAUUGCAAAAGGAGUGGAACUUGGCUACAUCAGUCCAGAGUACAAAUUGAUUGGACACCGUCAAGUUGGCAGCACUGAGUGUCCUGGAGAGGCACUUUUUAGAGAAAUAUCUACUUGGGACCGAUUUAAGCCCGUGGUA